AUGUUGAGCACUAGGAGAGGGAAGGAAAUCAUCCAACAAGCCCUUCCUGCUCUCUUCAUCAGCCCUUUUUGUGCCGCGGAUGGCGAAAGCGCGGAGAAGUCAACCCUACCCAAUCUCAAGUUUGAGGGACCUUUGAUCCGUUGGUCUGGCUUUUCGGAAGCAGUUCAGGCAAACACCAAGGAUGAACUUUUCAGCCUACAAGGGCUUCCAUGGCAUGAGUUCUUCGAACCCGAUCCCAUCAACGAUUUGGAAAGCUUUAAGGUCAGAUUCCACAGCAGAAUUGGGAAGGAACUUGAAGAGGUUCUGAUACUGCAGGAAACCAACAUUAAGUUCGCCGGUUACCCGUGCCUCAUUCCCUACGUCGGCACGGGCCGCACUGUGAUGAUGAGUACAGCACCCACCACGAUAAGAGCUGUUGGAGAACUGAUUGUGCCGUGGAUCAGUGUGCACUCCAUGCAGGCCGUGUACGAUUUGGAGGAUGAACUUCGAGUCAUGCUUGCUCAACCGAUUCGCUACAUGCAGGAUCUUGGUUGUGUGUACGGGUUCCUCAGCAGCUACAAUGAGACGAUCUUUUUGCGCCAGCGACUCAUUGGAGGCAUUUGGGAGGUGAACUACUCCCCAGUUAUCAGUGGCGGGUUUCCUUCUCAGUAUAGUGACACCGAGCCCAGGGUUUCAACUCGAGAAUCUUUUUUCUACCUCGCUGGCCUGGCAGCUAAAACAGACCCAGUUUCCACCGUUAGACCUAACUGGUCUUUUGUGGAUCCGUGA